AUGGGCUGCGAGCCGCGGGUGACGCAGGCGAGCCCGUACCCGUUCGGACUGACGCGGCCGCUGUCGCUGCGGGGCCCGCUGGCGGCGGACCUGCACCAGAGCGUGGAGCUGGUGCGGCUGCUGCGGGCGAAGGGGGCCUACGAAACCGCAGCGGGGGCGCUGCUGAAAGAAAGGGUGCUGGCGGCCCUGAACGCGCUGGUUGCGGAGUGGAUCUUCGAGAGCGGACUGGCGCAGGGACUGGAGCCGGAGGAGGCGCGGGCGGCGGGCGGGAAGAUCUUCACGUUCGGGUCGUACCGGUUGGGUGUAUGUACACCCGGGAGCGACGUGGACGCGCUGUGCGUAUGUCCGCGCCACGUUUCCCGCGAGGCGUUCUUCACAGUGUUCGCCUCCAAGCUGUCGCAAGACCCGCGCGCGAGCCAAAUAACUCCCAUUCCCGAGGCCUACACGCCCGUGCUGAAGUUCAACUUCCUCUCCACCUCCAUCGACCUGCUCUUCGCCCGGCUGCCGCUCAAGGCCGUGCCCCAGAGCUGGGUGGGGCUGCAUGCAGACCGCCUGCUGCUGCAUGCGGACGAGCGCACGGCCCGCAGCCUCAACGGCAGCAGAGUCGCGGACCAAAUUCUCCAGCUCGUUCCCAACACCAAGGCCUUCAAAACGGCGCUGCGCUUCGUGCGCCUCUGGGCCGCUGCGCGGGGCGUCUACAGCAACGUUUGCGGCUACUUGGGGGGCAUUAGUUGGGCCAUUUUGACGGCGCGGUGCUGCCAGCUCUUCCCCAACUUGCCCCCCAGCCAGCUCGUGCAGAAGUUCUUCAAACUCUUCACCCAGUGGACUUGGAACAAAAGUCCCGUCUGCCUCUGCAAGAUCACCGAGUACAGCCACCACGAGAAGGGCCUCGAGGGGCUCGCCGCCUUCAAGGUCUGGAACCCCCACAUUUACCCCCAGGACCGGCACCAUUUGCUGAAGAUCAUAACCCCUGCGUUUCCGGCAAUGAACUCAACUCAUAAUGUUUCGCACUCGACGAAGAGGGUAAUAGCUGAGGAGCUGGAAGCAGCAGCAAAGCAGUUUGCUGCUUGGGACGAAGCAGCAGCAGCAGCAGCAGCAGCGCCUGCUGCUGCAGCAGCAACUGCAGCAGCACCUUCGCUCCAGUCCUGGCGGGAAUUGCUGCUGCGCGUCUUGGCCCCCAUCGAUUACCUUUCCCUUUUCUCCCACUUUCUGCAGCUGCAAAUCUUAGCAAAGUCAGAGGCGGUACACCGCAAGUGGCAGGGCUGGGUGGAGUCGAAAGUGCGGCAUUUGGUGAAGGCCCUCGAGCGGCUGUCUUUCAGCAGCAGCAGCAGCAGCAGCAGCAGCAGCAGCAGCAGCAGCCUCAACAUGCUUAUCAGGCCUCUCCCCAACGUCUUCCCCUUUCAGGACCCGGAAUGGCCCGAAAGCUCUUCAAUGCUUAUUGCUCUCAAAUUCGCGAGCCCAAAGGCGGGCGAGGCCGUCUGUGAUCUCAGGCCGGCAAUUGCGGAAUUCGUGGAGCUGAUAAAUGGCUGGCCGGAGCGGGCGAAGCUGGCGGGGUCAAUUCAGCUGCGGGUGCGGCAUAUUAGGAAGUCUGCGUUGGGGCCCGAAAUACAGCAGGCGCUGCAGGAGCCUGUGAGCAAGCACCGGCGUUUGGAGCAGCAGCUGGCAGCAGCAGCAGCAGCAGCGCCAGCAGCAGCAGGAGCAGCAGCAGCGGCGGCCGAGGCCGCGGACGUGCUGCCGUUGGACACCCCAGUCAGCGACGCCCUCACCCCACAACUGCAGCAGCAGCAGCAGCAGCAGCAGCCGCAGAGCGCCAAGAGGAAGGCUGCUGAGCUGGACAACCAUGCAGCAGUAGCAGCAGCAGCACAAAGGCAGAAGCAGUUCUAG